CAAAACUUGCUGGCACCGCCUGCCAUGUUCACAGCAGAUCCCAGCAAUUUAUCGCGCCGCCGCAUCUCGAAACCUUAAGUAUCUGUAACUGGCUUAUUUUGGCGCGCUGUGUGUUUCCAUCCAGGCUGCACAGCUGCUCCUCUGCUCCAACACUGUUGAGUUGGUCUGUUUGCUGAUGCCGGUGCGAUAAACCCCCCUCCCCACCCCCUCUCAUCUUCCCUUAUCGCCAUCUCUUAUCUUCCUCUCCUGCGCAACUGAGUCGACACCGGUGGCAGAGCGGACGCGCUGGAUGGCUGCUGCACUUAACAAACCGGCGUGAAUCCCCCCCUUUUUUUUGUUUGUUUGUGACAAUCUUUCUCCUACCUGAGCCUGAAAAGAACAAAAACAACAACUGCAGCAACAAUGACAGACCCGGCGACUCAAGAGUCCUACCCUGUCCCGGACCCGACUAUUGUGGAUGCGACGGUGCGGAACGGCCAGUGCCCCCCGGAUGGCUUCACUAACAACCACCACCAGCCAGCCAAGAGCUCCAGCCAGCCCGAGGCGCUCAGCACGGGCCAGGAGAUGAAAAUGACCGAGACUGUGGAGGGAGAAGGUCUCCUGGAGAGCAGCAUGCGUCUGAAGCCCCACGAGGCCCAGAGCUACAGGAAGAGGGCCCUCUGGGUGUCAUGGAUCUCCAUCGUGGUCACACUCAUACUGGCCGUGACAGCAUUCACUGUAUCAUUCAUGAGACACAGCGCAUCAGCCUUUGGAUUUGCUUUUGAUGCAACACUGGACGUCAUGUCAUCAAUCAUCGUCCUGUGGCGCUACAGCAACGCCGCCGCAGUGCACUCUGCUCACAGAGAGUACAUAGCAUGUGUCGUCCUCGGCGUCGUGUUUAUUCUCUCGUCCUUGUGCAUCCUUGGGAAGGCCAUCCAUAAUCUGGCCACCCGGAUGCUCCCGGAAGUGGACGACUUCCUCUUCAGUGUGUCCAUAGUGAGCGGGCUCUUGUGUUCUCUGCUGGCUGUGGUCAAGUUCAUGUUGGGAAGAGUUCUGACCAGUCGGGCACUUAUCACUGACGGGUUUAACUCCAUGGUUGGAGCUGUUAUGGGAUUUUCCAUUCUGGUCAGUGCUGAGGUCUAUAAGAACCAUGCUGAUGUCUGGUUUUUGGAUGGCUCCAUCGGAGUGAUCAUUGGACUCAUCAUUAUGGCAUAUGGCAUCAAACUCCUGAAGGACAUGGUGCCCCGUGUGAGGCAGACAAGGAACUAUGAACGCUUUGAGUGACAGGCGCGCGUGUGUUGACCAGAAGAGCAGUUUAACACACACACACACUCACUCACUCGCUCGCACAAGCACACACAGACACAGACACACACACCCUGGCUGCCUCCUGUCCUCUUCUGUCUUCUCUCUGUCUUGUAUAGUCACUCACAUGCACACGUCACCUGCACACAAGGAAGGAACCUGAACACAUGCAUACAGUAUAUAUAUGCACAUAUGCUACAGUAAGUACGCUCAUGUUUGCAGUCGCGACAUGAACACACUUGAAGUGACAUAACUGAUAUAAAGAUCUUAGGAAUUUCACUCUUCAAUUUCAUGAAAACGCAAAUUCAGCAGCCUUGACUGUAGAUGUUGCUGAAAUUGUGCGAAGCAAAUAGCAAAAUAGCUUAAUUCAGUGUUGAGCUAAGCUGUCCACUCAUUUUAUUUAUUUAUUUAUCUAUUUUUAUUGUUAUUGUCAGCUGCUCCUUGUACAAAAAGACCCAAAGGAGAACAUGUCAGCACCUCACCAGCAUCCUUCCUUCAAUGCAGCCACUAUACUACACAGUUCCUAGUUGUAAAGGAGAAGAAGUGGAAAUAAAAGAGGACGAGACCGAGCUGAGCUUUUUUCUGAAUGGUUAAAAAGCACAGGUGACCGACGUGAGGGCAGCUCUGACCACUAAACUCACGCAGAAGUUAAGAGGACAGGAGACACGAAGGACAAAUAUUUGUCAGGCAAUGGACCAUAAACCUGAGUGCACUAAGUUGACGUCAUUUGACCUAUUUAUGUUUCACUGCACAGCUUCCCGUGCUGUACAAUAUGAGACGUGUCAGAGCACAAAUCAGCUGCUGUUUCAUCCUGCGUCAGUGUUGGUUGCUGAUAGAUUAGCACACAUUUAAACCCUCACAAGUGAUCAUUUCAGGGUAUUUCUUUAAUCUUACUUGUGUUUCUUUGCCACCUAUUGUGCAUACGUAUUUUAAUUUUUAACGUUUACACACACACACAUGCCUUGAUAAGUUAUUUACUGUGAUCCAUUUUUUUUUGUAACAUUCACAAAACCAGACAAAAAAGUUUUUUUUUUAUAUGAGUAAGAUGGAAAAAGUAAUCUUGUGAUUUGCUGUGUUGUUGUAAAAAAACAAAAAACUUUUAGGAUUAGAUCAUUAAUACAGUAUAUAUAAAAAUGGAAUUGCCAUUUGCUAUAGGCCUAACCUCGCUGUUUGUCAUUUGUGUGAUAAUAUAUACUGUACAAACAUUGUACUGAAUCCACAUCUGGUUUUGAAGUCGUUUCAUUCUUGUUUUCCGUUAUUUCAUCUGCGACUUUCAGGAAGGGAACUGUGAAAUGAAUCCAAGCACAAUGACAAAGAUAAGGCAGACGGCUGGAAUAUCAUUUUUGCUGCAAAUCAUUCGUUAUCAUUCUCUGCAAUGUGAAAUAAACAGAAAGUAAACACAGUAUGUAAAUAUGUUUAUUACUCUGUUUGGCUGAACCAGUAACAGUAAAAGUCACAACAUAGUCAUAGUGAUAUUUUGUUUUUCUUAGGGCCGACAUAAACAGGCUUUUUGGAGUCGACAGCUCAUAGUUACAGUGCAGGAUGAUCAGUGUUGCGUAACAGUUUGAAAAAAACACUCUCGUGUGCAUAUACUGUAAAAUGUUGUGUUACAUAUGACUGUAGAUUCUUGGUGAAAUGUAACGACGUAAAGUCUUACGGUCAGUUUUUUUGCACUCUUAAGUGGGAAAAAAUCUCAGACUGGAUGUAGGUCGUGAUCUGUGUCAGUGCUGUCCAAGCCUCAGCUGAGUUUGACAAAUGUACUAUUUCAUCAGUUAUUGCACACACUGUCCAAUGAGUGAAGCCUUUAAAAGAAAGAAAAAUCAACAUUACAGGACUGGAGUAGAAUCUCUUCAAACCACAAGACCUAUCAAAAACAUAUUCAAUUAUAAAACAGAGCAACGCUCACAUACUGCAUACUUGUAUCCAUAAUACUUGUGCGCCCCCUUGUGGUUAUAAACCUUCUAACACGAUUAACAAUCAGUAUUCAUUGCACUGGAUUGAGUCUAAAUUUAGCACACACUGAAGGUAGUUCCAAGGUCUUGGACAGUGACUGUGAGAGAGUUUGCCUACAUCCAUUCUUCGCUGCACUCAUCAAAUUCGGAGUGAACAGUAUUAUAUUGGUAUUAUAUUGUGAUUCGAUUGUGUGAAGCGUAAAAGGAUCUGCCACAAAGUGAAGGUGUGAGGCUCACGCGCCGCUUGAGCUCACCAACAGCAUACUGAUUAGUAAAAUGUCCCCCGCCCCUCUUUCUGAUGCAUAGAAGACAAUCUCUGCUCGCUCUCUCUCUCUCUCUCUCUCUCUCUCUGCUCCUACAAAACAAACAAAGCACAGUGUUUACAUGCAAACGCCACCGCAUACAUGACGGCACAGAACAAACGUCAUUAACUCGGUCUCAGUAACAGUGUGUGCUGCACCGCUCACUCUGUUGUUUAUUUAAAUCGCCCUGUUUGGUUGAGCUGUUCUGAGACUGGUAACACAAUCCUUUCUACCUCUCUUCUCUGCACUUGCGUUUAAUUUCUGAGAGUCAUGUUGGAAACUUUGAAACUCCGUAGUGAUGGAUGACCAGAGAAGUGCAGUAGCUGAAAAGCGUCAUUGCAGUCCCAUAAUAAUCGCAGUUGCCUUUGUUGUUGUUUUUUUCGUUAAUUUAAAAUCUAACUCCGUACCAACCCUCAUCUGAUGAAUAGACUGUCCUAUUGUUUGACAACUGGUACAAAAUAUGAUUUCCCAGAAUUCUGUCUGUUGAAAUAGCUCAGAAAUGUGUGCCAAAAUCAGUCGAGACCUUGAUUCUGCUCUUUUGUGUACAGUUUGAUUGUAUAGAUAAAUGAAGUGAUUAUCUGAUCAUUACGGUGUCGGAGGAGGUAUCAACCCAUCGUACGUACUAAAUUUAAUAAAGUUAUGAUAGCAAUACUAAAACCACCUCUCUGUUACUAAAGGCUUUGCAUGGGCUUGUAAAAUCCCUUCCAGCUUCUGCAGUUAUGAAUGCAUCGCAGCCACGCACACACACACACACACACACACACACACAGGUUAAUAUGUAACUGAAAUGACAGUAAAUGUGACUGUGUAACAGAGUCAUUAUUUGUCUGUUUGUACAGUAAUGAUAUCAGUCGUAUUACAGAUGAUGUAAACACAAUUUAUUUAUGUAAAAGAACAAUGGUCUCUUUGUGAAAUAGCAAAGUUUUAUCGAUUAAUAAAGUUUUAUCCUGCUUCUACAUCAACACA